AUGGGUCUUUGUCUGGCAAAUUCCCUAGUGGCUCGACGGGAUUUCAUUCCCUAUGACCAACUUGUUCGGUAUAAGUGGUGGUUCCGGCAUGGUUAUAUGUCAUUAAUUGGACGCUGCUUCGAUAAUAGUAGUGCGAUGAGUCAGUCGCUGAAGGAAUUUGAGCGUCGUCAACAAUUAUUAGCUAGCACACAUAAAAUCCCUUCUGAACAAUUAGAUUCUCUGUCUGAUCCACAACUACUCAACGAGUUUAACGUACGUUGUAGUAAAAGCGACACAUCUGACAAUGGAGCACUCAUGCGCUUGACUCCUGUUCCUCUUUUCUUUUAUCGAUAUCCUACUGACGCCGUCGAAUUUUCUGGAAUUAGCGGUGCAAUUACUCAUGGCGACUCGAAAGCGUAUGACUCUUGCCGCUAUUAUGGUGCUUUGAUCGUGGCUGUUCUUCGAGGUGAAACAAAACAGCAAUUACUGGAUGAUAACUUUUACUUAAAUCAUAAAUUAUGGUUCAAUAACAAGCCACUUACUCCAGAUGUGAUGAAAGUUGCUCAAGGAUCAUACAAAAAAGCUGCUGGAUAUCAUAAUGGCAUUCGAGGUAAAGGACACAUUGUUGAUGUUCUCGAAACUGCAUUGUGGGCUUUCUAUUGCGAUGAAGAUUCCUUUGAAAAAGGCGUUCUCAAAGCAGUCAAUCUUGGAGAUGAUACUGAUACAACGACUGCUAUUUAUGGCCAAUUGGCUGGCGCUUAUUAUGGUUUUGAUAAUCUACCCAAAAAAUGGAUUUCACAGGUGUAUGCACAGAAUUUGAUUACAUGUUUAAGCAAGUGGAUUGGAUACGAAGGAGAGUUAUGGAAGCCCAAGCUUUCUAUGGUUCCUUUAAAACUCACGAAUGCAUUGAAUUCAAUAUCAGCCAUCAGGCCAGAGCAUACACAAGUACCGACUCUGACAUUUAAUGAACUACCUUCUAGUCAGUCAAGAGCCAAGGAACCAGUGCAUCUGUUACAUAUAACCCCAUAUGACAUUUAUGGAACGCCUCUAGGAUUACAAUCAACUACGAAUUCGAGGUCAAGAGCAGCACCAGGCCUGUAUGACUAUGCUGACGGAACACGAUCUACGGCGGGUGGCCUUUUUAACUCUGCUGAUAACUUUGGGAUGCCGUCUAGCUAUGGUGGUAUGUUAAGAUAUCGCCCAAGUGAACGAAUAGGGUUGCGUUAUGGUGGCAACAUGUUACCUAGCGAUAAUUUUGUUGCAGGAGUAAAUGAUGAUUAUCACAGUUCAUAUUGGGACAUGGGACUUGCAACUCACAGAACACAUCCGUUUUUGAACGAUUCGUCGCACAGCUGGCUUCCAUCGAUUUUAUCUCCGUCAACGUCGUAUUACUCUCCUAUAACACGAAGUUUUCGCAGAUUUUAA